AUGGCUCACAAGCGCAAGCGCUCCGAAUCCGAACUCGUCACCCUCUUCCCCUCGCCAGCUCGCUCCGAAUCCAGCAUCGAAUCCUUCGAGUCACCAAUCUCUCCAAGCCCCAUCUAUCCUCGCGCACAUGCGACGCCAUCGCACCUCUCGAGUCGCACAAUGAAGCGCUUCCGCGACAACAGGCCCUCGGAGGAGCAAAUCCAUCAACGUACUCUGAACAUGCUUUACUCCGCACAGCAACACAACCAGUACCCAGCCGACGCAGGCCACGAGACGAAUCAGUCCGAACCCUCACCCGUUCCUGCCGCCCGCAACAGCCAGAAGUCCCUUCACAGCUUCUGGAAUAUCAAAUCGGCCGAGCCCAGGUGCCCCGCCUCAGCUCCGUCUGUGGACCAGAGCGCGCUGUCGCCGAUGAGCUGCGACGACUGCGGCGCUGGUCUUGGUGCGUCGGAUGGCGCUGCGGACGGGAUGGAUAUCGACGAUGGUUACAGCUACGGCGUCGAUCACUCUUGCGGUGCGUGCAGCAGGCACGUGUGCUCGCAUUGCUCCGUUACAAACCUCGGCGAGCAGCGGCGAUGCUUGAGGUGUGUUGGAGUUGCAGCGGGGGCGGCACGAAACGGCUCUGGAUGGCCAUCCUCUUCGAUGUCUAUCUUCUAA